AUGACAUCUAAAGGAAGUGAUGCGUAUUUAUAUGAUACGUUGGAUAUGUCCGAAUCAUCAGAUUUAAAGAAACAACAAAGUGAAAUUGCCAAAUUCUGAAACACCAACAUUUUGAUAACAGGAGGGACAGGUUUCUUGGGUAAAUUACUUAUCGAAAAAAUAUUGAGAUCCUGUCCAGAUGUUGCGACAAUAUACAUGAUAGUAAGGCCGAAAAAGGGGAAAAAUUCACAAGAACGAUUUAAAGAAAAUUUUAAUGGAAUUGAAUUCAGUAGAUUGAGACGUGAACAGCCAAACUUUCUCAAUAAAGUAAUAAUGUUAGAAGGUGAUGCGGCACAACAAGAUUUUGGUUUAUCACCGGAAAGUAAAAAGAUUCUGAUGAAUACAAAUAUUAUUUUUCAUGCUGCCGCAACUGUUCGAUUUGACGAAAUAUUUCGUGUAGCGAUGAAUACCAACGUGAAAAGUAAAAAAUAUAUGUUAUUAUUUGCAAAAGAAUUGCCAAAUUUAAAGGCGUUUGUACACGUGUCAACUGCAUUCUCACAUUGUAUACUUAAAUCUAUCGAUGAAAUACAUUACAAAGUUCCCAUCGAUGGUGAUAAUGAUAAGAUAUUAACAUUGUUGGAUGUUCUGGAUGAUGAUAAACUGGAGAAAAUUACUCCAGUGUUAAAUGAUAAAUGGCCCAAUACAUAUGUAUUUUCUAAAGCACUUGGAGAAAGUAUUGUAUUAAAGUACAGCAAUAAGCUCCCAGUAUGUAUUGUUCGACCUUCUAUCAUGAUAUCAACAAGCGAAGAGCCACUUUCAGGAUGGACAAAUAAUCUGUAUGGAGCAACGGGUGUAGCUAUGGGAUCUAUUGUAGGUUUGGUGCAUACACUACAUUGUGUAGCAGAAAAUAUAGCAGAAAUUAUACCAGCAGAUUAUGUAAUCUCUAAUGUCAUCUGUGCUGCUUGGGAUAUUGCCAAUAGAAAAUCUUCGAUAAAAUCAAAUGAUUCCAAUAUAUCUGAUGAGGAAAGAAUACCUAUUUAUAAUUCUGUAUCAUCAUGUCAGAAUCCAAUUUCUUGGAUAGAAUUUAUGAAAUGGAAUGAAAAGUAUGGUUUUGCAGUACCUAGUGUAAAAAUUGUUUGGUAUUAUAUGUUCAUAAUGGCACGAUAUUUCGUUGUGUAUCAACUGUAUAGUUUUUUCUUCCACAUAGUACCAGCAGCAAUUGUUGAUAUGUUGACAUACCUCAUGGGUCGAAAACCUCAGUAUGUAUUUAAUAUAUGAAGUAUAAUGCAUAUA